UAAAGAAUUUACUGCGCAAGUGCAAUGAAGAUCAAAUAUGGCUGAUUAGAACGAGUUGCCUACGGGACAUUUCAGCGAAGAAGGUGCAUUCUGAGAAGGAGAUACACAGAAACAGGCUUAUCGAUAAGUGAGGAAGGUCCCAUACCACAGUGAUCAUGUCUGAUGAAGAAGUUGUAAUGACCCCCACCAAGAAGGGGAACACAACACACAUUAGAAUAGAGAAGCGCAAGAAGCUGGACUUCGAUGGAGAUGAUCAGACAGUUCAUGUAGCAGGAGGGCAGCAUAAAGGACUGGUGGUCAAUAAGCAGAUCUCAGAUGACGCAGAUCUAGGUCGGCCACAACUGCAGAUUGGAUUUAACUGCUUCCUUGUUGAUCAAAAGACAGAGAAACGUGUUGUGGAGAGUCGUAGACUGAAGUUUUGGUAUGUUGAUGACACUGGUUAUCUGGAUCAAGUGACCACAGCAUAUGAGUUCUUUAAGGAACUUGUUCAACCUGCCAACUUUCCAAGAGAUUAUGUUGGAUUUAUCAAGAAGUGCAUGAAGCAAAUGCAGAAAAAUGAGUACAAAUUAGCCAAGAAAAUUGACCUUGAAAUCCGUCAGCUGAGUGAUCAGGAGGCCCCCUUAACACCAGGCUCAGGCAUUUCCCCAGAAAUGCUAUUGUUGGGCUCCAAUGUGGACGAUUUCUUUGGAAUUGCAAAAGAAGAUAAGCGGCCUAUAGAGGAGAUUGUGCGUGAGAAGAUCCUACAGGUGUUGGAGUCCGCCUAUCCUAACGUUCUGGAGGUGGAAGAUUUAGUCAGGAUAACAGCAGCAGAUGAGGCGAUUAUAAACCAGCAACUGGAGGAGCUGAAGGCCAAGAAUCUGGUGAGAGAGAUGGAGAACGGGAAAGUGGUCAGACAUGUAUUGGAGGAUGAUAAAACAGAAACUGAAGUACAGAUGGUGCAACACAUGCCAAGGAUUGCUGCCAACCAACAACCCACCAUCGCAAUCAUUACAGCUAACUACUGCGAGAAGCUUGCUGUGGACGCCAUGAUGGACAACAAAACCACAUUUGUCAAAUACAAGACAGAGGGAGAAUCUAAUGUGUACACAGUGGGCUUUAUUGGAGAACAUAAAUGUGUGUCCACCAAGCUCCCACAGAUCGGGCAAUCCCGGGCAGCUCAAAUCUCAUCAGGCAACACCACCACCCGACUACUGGGAACAUUCCAGAAUAUUGAGCAUGUGUUUGUGGUGGGGGUAGCAGGAGGAGUUCCCCAUUACACCAACUUCUACAAACAUGUGAGGCUUGGGGACAUAGUGAUAUCCCGCUGCAAUGACAAGGGCUACUUCUACUAUCAUGUGGACAAGAUUCUACAGGACAAAGAAGGCAACAUCCAGUACAAGAUGAGGACUUGGUCACCCAGAGACCUGUCCCUACAGCGUGUCGCAGAGAAAAUCGAGGAGAACUGCACAAGGAAACCAGAAAAAGCACCAUGGGAACGCUACAUCCAUGAAGGGCAGACAUUGUUAGAAAAACAAGAAGCAGAUUUUAACCGUCCGCCAAAAGAAUCUGAUAGACUGUACAUGUCCAUUGGAGAGGAAAAUGUCAUCGAGGUCCAGCACCCUGAUCGGCCAGAGGAGGCGGAGGUCAGAGAGAAUGUACCCACCGUCAGGUGUGGGGUGGUGGGGUCUGGGCGACCAAUCACAAAGUACGACAACACGAGGCUAGAGUUCGCGCACAAUUAUGGCAUCACAUGUUUUGAUUCCGAGUAUGAUCAGGUAAUAGAAUCCAUUGUCGGCAAUAGGAAAGACAGUUUUAUGUUCAUUAGGGGAAUAGCAGAUUAUAAUGAUGGAUCUAAAAAUAAGGAGUGGCAGCCAUAUGCCUCACUAGCUGCUGCCGCUAUGAUGAAAACCAUUGUGAAGAUGAUCUCCAACCCAUACCUCAGUGAAGAUGAUGACUAGAGAUGUUGUUCUUUAAAUGAAAGUUGAACUUUGCAAAGGCACUGUGAGCAAAUGAAUUGAAGAAAA